AUGAACGAAGAUUUUCAACAUCAUCAACAACACUACCGUGGAUUUGCAGCCGCCGGAGGAGCGUCUUCAUCUUCCGCGGAGGCAUCAUCAACGGUCGAUGGGAAACAAACGACGACGAGUAGGAACGAAUCGACGUUGGCUGCCUCAGCUUCUGGACAACAAAAAAAUCCUUCCUCUUCUUCUUCUUCUUCGACAACGAUAGCGGAGGAGGCGAAACCGAAAGUCGACGUCAACGCGCUCAAACGCGCGAGAUUUGAAAUCGAGAUGAUGCGACGGGAACAACACAUACAUUUCGCAAAGAGAACGUACCAAGCGGUCGCGAACGUGACGAAAUAUGUGAUCAGUUGGGGGCCGUAUUCGGUGCAGUUGCUGAGGCAGUCGCCGAGCGAGUGGAAGGUGACUUUGAGUUCCGGGUGGAAGCACGCGAAGCACGAGUUCGCGCACUAUUGGUCCGGCGCGAAACUGUUGUGGGUGGAAGUGAAAAUUGCCAGUAGGCUCGGUUUUAAACUCAUGGGUGGGCAGACGUUAACGAGACGCGAGCGAAGACAGUUAACGAGGACGACCGCGGACGUGUUUCGGUUGGUGCCGUUCGCGGUGUUCGUGUUGGUGCCGUUUAUGGAAAUAUUUUUACCCGUCGCGCUGAAGCUAUUUCCAAACAUGCUACCGAGUACGUUUAGGGACGAGUUAAAACACGAGGAGGAGCUGAAGCGGAAACUGAAAGCGAAAAUUGAGGUGGCGAAAUUUUUACAGGAUACGGUGAAAGUCAUGGCGAAAGGGUUGAAACAUAGCAGUUCGGGGGUGAAACGAGAGAAAGCGGACGCGCUGUACGAGUUUAUGAACGCCGUGAGAAGCGGUAAAGCGGUGACGAAUGAGCAGAUCGUGCGGUUUGCCAAGUUGUUUAACGACGAUUUUACCUUGGAUAACAUCAACCGGACGCAAUUGGUGAACAUGUGUAAAUUUGUCGGCAUAUCGCCGUAUGGGACGGAUACGUUUUUACGGUUUCAGUUACGAAAUAAGUUGAGAGAGAUUAAACAAGACGAUAGACUGAUUCAAUUAGAAGGCGUUGAAGGUUUAUCGGACGAGGAGUUGAAAUCAGCCGCGAGAACUCGAGGGAUGCGAUGGGAGGAAGAUAGAAAAGAGUUGGAAAGGCAACUGAAGGACUGGCUGGAGUUAUCGUUGCAAAAUAAUUUGCCGAGUUCUCUGUUGAUUCUAAGUCGUGCGUUUUUAAUCACGCACGCAAAGGAAGAGGACACACAAACGGCGACGUUGAAGGAUAUCACGGAUACUUUGGCGAGUUUACCGGAAGAAGUGGUCACGCAGGUCUCCGUCGAGACGGCGAUGGCGCACGAGUCCAGCAGCGAGGAGUACAAGAAAAAGUUGGAGUAUUUGAUGCGAGAAGAAGAGACGAUCAAACAAGAAGCCAAAGAUACGGAAGCGAGAGAAAAACGAUUGAAAGCGGAAGCGUACAUGAAGGAGAAGAUGCGCUUGUACUUGUCUGGACCGCAGUUUUCGGAACGGUUUUGGGCUAACGUGAGAGGUCGAGAUGCGUUGCUCGAGUGGGAAGCGGAAGAGGCGAAGAGAGAGGCAAAAGCGGCGAUGGACAAAUAUUUACAAGGCAUGCAAUAUUCCGAAAGGUUCUGGGUGAAUGCGAGAAAAUCAACGACUUCGCACUUGCUUCAACAGCAGCUUCUCAUGCAGCAGCAACAGCAACAGCAGCAAAGAGAAAAGGAAGUCAUCGCGACGAAAGAAGCUUCUUCGGCGGACGUCGCCAAGAUGGAAAUGGUGUCAGAAGACGCGACGAAACCUUCGGAGUCGUUAUCGCCCAAGCGUGUCGUUGAUGAAGGCUUAGACGCCAUAAAAAGUGCAGAAGAAGAUGCGAUAUCUACGAAAGCAAAGAUGGAGAAAAUGCUCGUCUCCGGCGCGCCGGACGCUCAGAGAGUCGUUUCGCGAACCUCGCUCUCCUCCGCUGAACUCGAAGAACAGGAUAAACAAGUCGCGGACGCGAUGCAGAAGACCAAACGCUCCGAGGUGGAUUCUUGUACAGACGAAGAAACAGACUUUGAAAUGCAAACUCGAAAGUCCAGACGUCGCGCGCAACUCUCUCGGUUGUUGGCUAUGGUUUUAGAUACCUCCGGCGUGAGCGACGAAAGACGCAUGCUCACGGAAUUAGUCGAGCAAAAGUUAGACGCUUACACCGAACGAAAGGACGAGCUGGUGGAGUUGCGAGCGAUGCGCGCGGGUGACGGUGGAAGUGCCGAUCCGUUUUACGACGAAGAUCCGUUCGCGCCAUCGCCGAUAGAGUUGAAAAAGAUGCGAGAGGAAGAGCAAGAUGCGAGUCUCCACUCCAAAGAGGAAGCUUCCUUGACGGAUAAAAUCGCCGACGACGUCUCCGCCCGCGUCGACGAAAUGCUCCGAAAAGUCGAAAGCGAACUCUCCGCGGCGGAAACCGCCAUCGGCGAAAAAUUCAAACUCCUCGACGCCGACAACGACGGCAUCAUAAGUCUCGAAGAACUCCUAAACGUCACCAACGUGUGCAAAACCACCGAAGUCGGCGAAGACGCGGAGAGUGAACUGAGAGAGCUCUUAAAAGACUUAUCCGACGAGGAAGGAUUCGUUCGCGUGGAAGAUUUGAAACGCCUCUCCUUGGAGAUGUUGAGAGCGGAAGCCGCCGAAGAAGAAGAAAUGGGAGAAGACGGCGGAGGAGGGGGGGAAGACUCGAUGGUGAAAUCUACCAGUAAAAUGUAG